UCCGGAACAGGAGCAGGGUUCCUAGCCUACUCAUUUUUACAUUUAGGAUUAUACUACCGAUUAUAUUGUGUUUUAUAACUGCGCAAAAAUAAGGCACGUUGAUCAUGCGGGGAACUGCGGAUUUUUUGUGCAUCUGAGUCUUUUGUGACAUCGCUAUAGCUUUCAGUCUGUCAUACUGUGUACGUUUCAGCUGCUGGUGCUAAACCAAACCAGGAUUAUUAUUAUGUUUUGUCUUCUAGUAUUACAAUAGGAAUUGACGCAUGCGCUUUGUGCACAGGCCAUAAAAACACGGAAAUGGCUGUAACACCUUUUGCAAAACAAAACACUUGGUUUACCCUCCAAGUAACUUCAUGAAAGACACCUGACCUUUUCUGCGAUGAUUAGGCAUCUGCUCUUGGUACUAUGCCUUGCAGUGGCGGUCCUAAUCGGUCCCGAGAUUGGUAAUGUAUUGGAUUUGAUCCCCGGGUGGGACAUGGUGAAAUCGUGCAUCAUCACAGACACAGGGCAGAGUGACGCCGCUCGGGACACGGUUCGGCUGCUUGAUUUGCAGGAGCUAUCCCGGUAUAAUGGACAGCAAGGCAGCCCCGGCGUGUACCUUUCCAUUCUGGGACAGGUGUUUGAUGUGGGGAAGGGACACAAACAUUAUGGACCCGGGGGGUCCUACCAUUUCUUUGCAGGCAGAGAUGCGUCCCGAGCCUUCGUGACGGGGGAUUUCACAGAAGCCGGCCUUGUGGAUGACGUCUCAGGGCUCUCACCUGGUCAAAUCCUGUCCCUCUCUGAAUGGCUUUCCUUCUACAAUAAAGAUUAUGUACUUGUUGGCAGGCUGGUGGGGAGGUACUACAGUGAGACGGGGGAGCCCACAGAGGCUCUGAAGCAGGUUGAGUCUGCCAUGGUGGAGGGACUGGAGCUCAGGGCGCAGGCUGAAGCUGACAAGCAGCGCUUCCCUCCCUGCAACUCUGAGUGGAGCGCAGGCAAGGGGGGCAGGGUGUGGUGCUCCACACAGAGUGGAGGUGUUCAGAGGGACUGGGUUGGCGUGCCCAGGAAGCUGUUCAAGCCAGGCUCCAGCAGCCAGCGCUGUGUGUGUGUGCAGAGCAGCAGGCCCACUUCCAGCCAGGCCCAGGCUAGCCAGCAGCUCAGUGACCGGGGAGACCUGGACAACCCCAACCUGCAGGAGUACCAGGGCUGCCCCUCAUUGGCAGAGUCCUGUCUGCUCACAGACUGACAACAGCAACCAGGCACUGCCUGUCUUUAUCAAACUAACUUUUGUGGAGCACCAUUCUAUAUUCAUUGUAAAAACCAGUUAAUAGUUCUGUAUUCUCCUUUUUAUGGGAGGGUAACCCUCCUUAAGCAUUACAACAAUGUUUGCUUAGCCUGUGGUUUACACUACGUGACAAGACUGAGAUGUUUCCAGACGGAGUGCGCAAAGAUACUUGUACGUCUGACGUCAGAUGUUAUUGAACAAAUUGUAGGAAUGCCUCCUACAACGAAAACAAGUCCCAACAGAGGUACUUGCAUGCUAACCUGAUUAGAAGUAACAUCACACUACAUAUCCAAAAUCAGCAUCAAAUAUAAUAAACAAUAUAUAAUCAAUGUAACACAGGCAUGUUUCUUUUCUGACAGCUUGUGUCAAUAAGAAUAAUAAAGCAUGUUUGUUAUCAAAAGUAGCAUGUAAAUAUUCAAGUAGAACUGGGAGAGGUAGCAGAGCUUCGAUUUGGUUACUCCUCUGGCACACACAGUUCCUGUGAAUCACUGAAUUAAGAUCCGCCUACGUGGUGGAGCUUUACAAAGUGACGAACAUGAGCUCAUUCUUUCAAUAUCCAGAACUGCAGCAACACAGAUUCCCACCACUUUCAGGAUCCAGCCAGCCUGACACUUUAUUAUCACCUGUUUGUAAAGGGGAAGAAAAACAAAACCAGAGACGCCAGGAGUAUGGAAACCUACGAUCACUUAUGGAAGGAACUCCUGGAAAGACUUGAGACAGAAGUCUUGAAAAAAAUAUUUAAAGUCACUAAACCAGAUUCUAAAAGAUGUCCUAACAGAUCCAUAAUGAUCAGCAGUGUGGUGAAGAACACGCUCAGCUCUAAGGAACUGUUGUCACGCACAGCGCUCACCAAAAACAUCCUCUACAAGUUUGCACGUGGCAGAGCUAUGAGUGUUAACUUUUCACAAACCAGAGCUAAAAUCGCUGAGGAAAUAUUGAAGUAUUGGAAUACACAGGGUCUGCCAGGUUACAGGCUUAGAGACCACGAACAGAGGGAAUGCAGAAAAAUACUUCUACAUCUAGAGGAAUCUACUAUUGUGGAAAUCUGGAAAAAGCUUAAGACAAACCAUGAAAAGACCAUGACUCGCAGCCUACAAGACGACAUUGUGAAGUCUCUGCCCUCCAUGGAAUGGCUUCUGCAACGAAGAUCUAUAACGAGGGAGGUGCUUUUGUCCUACUUGGUUGGAGAGAACAACACGCUUGAUGGCCAACCUUCAAAAGAGGAACUUGUCAAGGGUGUGCUACACAACAUCAGUCAAUAUGAUUUCUGAGGACU